GACGUCUCAGGUGCCAGACAGAGCUUGCGGUAGUGCAUUUUCUGCGUGAUGGCUCGCGGCCGAGCUCGUCGCCGCAUCGCUACGGGAGGAGGCGGCGGUGUUCCGAGGAUCUCGAUCGACUCCUUGUUCGUUGGCCAGAAAUCCGACCUCACGCCGCUGACGGUGCCAGGCAUGAAGGGCGAGGAACGCAGCAUGGUGAUGUGCGCGAACGUGCCGUUGAUAGGGUUCCAGCACGGCAGCUGCCCAGUGCAGUGGCUGUCGGAGUGCUUGAGGAUGCUGAGCUUCCCUGGGCUGCUGCCCAAGUCUGACGGCGAGCCCACGAUCGUAGACGUGACGAGCCGUGCCAAGGAUCGCCCCGCGCACGAGUCGCAGGCCAACGGCCCCAUCGAGGGCACGAGCAGCAUCAUCGAGGAUCUCAUCAGGUGCUGCGAGGACCGGCUGGAUUUCAGGUGCGAGAAGGUGUUCAGCUCUGACCACCCCGCCGUGGCUUGGCUGGUUCAGCACGUCGGCUGGGUGCACUCUCUCUUCACCGUGGGGGGCGACGGCAAGACCGCAGGCGGGCGCCACGCUGGCAAGAGGGUGAGAAUCCCGCUGCGCGCCUUCGGUGAGUGUAUCCU